AUGUCUGAUACCAUUAUUAUCAGCCUCGACUUUGGGACAACCUUCAGCGGUGCGGCAUGGGCCAUCACGAAGAGGCCGGACGAAAUUCAUGUCAUUACAGACUGGGACUCCGAGUACAAUACCUGCUCUGAUCGUGGAAAAUGCCCGACACACCUUGAAUACGGCACUGUUGACCACGAGACGCCAUGGGGCUACAACAUUCCACCGCACAAAGACAUUCUGCGCUGGUUCAAGCUCCUGCUGCUUGAGGAGAACGACGUAGCCGAUGAACUUGCCCAAUCAGCUCAAUUCAAGCAGGCCAUCACUUUACAGAGCCGUUUAAAGAAGUCGCCCGUCGAACUUGUCUCUUGCUUUCUUCGCUCGCUGUGGGAGCACUGCAUAAACAGCAUCACUGGCGUCCUCGGCUCCAAUGAGGUCGAUAGCUGCAAGAUUUCCAUCAUUAUGACUGUCCCUGCAAUGUGGCCUCAUUAUGUUCAAGCUCGAAUGCGGACUGCAGCCGAUCAAGCCGGAAUGCUCCGGCUUAGGACCACGGAUGCAGGUACCUACACUCCUGCACUGCAUUUUGUGUCGGAGCCGGAGGCUGCUGCCUUGGCUGUUUUGGCCGAAAUGCAUCCACGACCUGACAUCAAGCAAAACGACACGAUUAUUAUAUGCGAUGCUGGUGGUGGCACUGCAGACCUAAUCAGCUACCAAGUUGGCGAUGUCAACACUUUCCAGCUUCGAGAAUGCGUUGCUGGUGAAGGCGGUCUCUGUGGCGGCAUAUUUGUCGACCAUAAUUUUGAGAACCUGAUUGCCUCCAAGCUUGGAACGUCUUCCUGGAAAAAACUUGAAACUGCAGACAAACGCAAGUUCAUGAAAGAGAACUGGGAAUAUGGUAUCAAGUCGCAAUUCUCUGGCAACGCCCGAUGCUUCUAUGCAGAGGUUCCUGACGGGUAUCUGGCGGACAGCGCCAUGGGUAAGCGAAAAAAGUUCCAAACAAUAUCCCUUGAGAAAGAUGAUCUGCUGGCUGUAUUCUCGCCUGUGGUCGACAAAAUCUGUGGUCUCGUAGCCAGACAAGUGGCCGCCAUCGAAGACAAAGACUUGCCCUCUCCAAAGUUUAUUAUUCUAGUCGGCGGCUUUGGAUGCUGUAGGUACCUACGCAACCGGCUCACGGAGGCCUAUCCAAACAGCACGGUUCUGAAUCCUACCGCCAACCAAUCUUGGACGGCUGUCUGCCGAGGAGCUGUUCGGCAUGCAAUAGUGCACAAAAGCGUGGCCAGUAACGGGCCACGCAAUGCGAUUAGCAGGACUGGAAAGCAAGGAAGUUUCUUCAUCCAGUCUCGGAUAUGUCGAAUGAGCUACGGGUUCCGCUAUCAUAUUAAAUGGGAUCCAAAGGUUCACGAGGAGCAAGACAAGAUGUAUUCCGAGCUCGAGGAAGAGUACAGGGCUGACAAUCAAAUGAAUUGGUUUUUGAAACAGGGCCAGUCUCUGGAAAGUUUAUCCCACUCGUCGCACGACUACUACCGAAUCAUUCCCGCUGGCAGCAAUGCAACCAUUGAAGAAGAUCUGCACGUCUGCACCUCGACUGACUUGCCCGCUCGCCAAACUGAGGAGGUCAGAACUUUGUGCGUUAUAAAAUGGGACCAGAAAGUCAACUUGAGCAAACUCAAGAAGCGCUACAACUCAGCUCGCGAGGCCUACUACAUGGUCGAGUACAAGAUCCGCGUUGCCGUCGACGGACCUGAGCUCAAAAUCACUAUCUUCCAUCAAGGUAAAAAGGUCGCGCAUGGAGAGGUCAAGGUCGAAUUUAAAUAG